GAAAGCUCUAGUGUUUUCCUGAAGAAAAAUUCCAUGGGGACUGUACCUGACCCACUGAGAGCAGCUAAAACUCCACUGAUUGAAACUUCCAGAAUUGAAAAGGAUCUAAGAGAGGUACAAUCUGCCCCCCUAAGUACGAAUGCCAAUGGCCUUUCAGAAGCUCCUACAGAUCCAGACUUCAGCCCAAAAGCAAUGGCUGAGGCCCUAAGGCAAACUUGUGGGCAUGAGAUGAUCCAGCCAGACAUGUCUUCUCCUGAUGUCUUCAAUGAAGUGGAGAAAGUAACCCCCACAGUUAACUCUCCUGGUAAAAUCAAGCUGUCAGGAAAGAGCUUGUCCACAACAACCUCCUGUUCUGUAGCAGCAGAGGAUCUUACACAGGCACCAAUUACCAUGCCAGCCGAUCAGUGUUCCAAUCAGGCUAUCUUGGCUGAUCAACUCAAUGCAACCUCUUCAACUCUACCUGAAGAUGUCAAGGUGAAAUCACAGAGAACAUCUGAUGGAGAGCAAUCUGAGAAGUCAAAUAGUCAAGGCAUUAAGGAUAGCAGCAAAGAUCAAGUGUCCUGUGAUUCUCCUUCACAAGAAACUAUCCAGGGAAUGGUGCAGACUCCAACUGCAGCAACCCCAGUGUCUAGUCAAACAGCUCCUCCGGUUGGUGGCCCUGAGUGGGAGAGGCAGCGAGCCAUUUGUUACUCUGAUCCCAGGUCCUGUGGAUCUCCAGCUGGGAAAUUUGGAUGUUCAGAAAAUAAGCAGCCCUCAGGCACUGCCUCAGACGCUCAUGCCAUGACUUCUGUGAUACCCCAGCCAUCCCACCUCUCUAGCAACGAUUCAGUAUUUCCCCCAGGCCCAGAGCAAGUGCUGCAGCCAGCAUCACACCAGGGCUCAAGGUUCAAAGAGGCAAGCACAAUGACUACCCAAGCUGAAAACGAAAUCAAGGAUGCUACCAAUAGGACUCAGCGAGACGCUGAGGUACAGGCAGUGGCCAGUGUGGAAAGCAGAUCGGUCUCCACAAGUCCCAGCAUUCUCACUGCCUUCUUAAGAGAAAUGCCUGCUUCCACGCAUUGGGAGCAAAAAGAGCAGCUGCGCGUCGUUUGUCAUGGCGGUGGCAGCAGGAGCCACACGUUGGAGCUCUCCGACAGCACUCCAGCCCCACCAUGUUAUGGCAUCGUGCCAGAAGUGCACAUCCAGGUAGCCACAGCUGUUUCCACAGCUUUGAAAGGAGGCAAUAAAUCAGUGGGCUUAUCAGGCAAGAGUCUUCAAACCUCACCAAUCAGCGUGGCAUCCAGUAAUACUCAGUACAAAGGUAAAGAAGGUGGGAAGUCCCCAGGAAUGACUCCAGAGAAAGGAGAGCCAACCUCCCAACUGCUUUCAGGUACUAAUUCUGGGUCCCUGAAAGCUGGGCCUAGUGAUCAGAUUUCUGUCUGUACUGUCAGCCAGGGUGAAAUAAACCAUAAGUUGGGGCAAUGUGAGGCUAAGCCAUCUGAGUUUACGGUGAAAAUCAUCAAUGGCCACCACACAGACCAGGACUGUAAACAACCCAACUCCUGUGUUCCCAUCAGUAAAGGUGACCAGUUGGAAAACUUGGGAGCCACUGAGAAUGAAGGUGUCGGAGAGGAAAAGCCUGCAUCUCCCCAGGCAGUAAAACAGUCAGAGGCUGCAGGUGCUGAGCCCCUGGAUGUAAAAGCCAAAACCCCACUGCUCAAUCCCAGAUCUCAAGAAAGCGGAGGCACUGGAUCAACUGCUAAUCCCACACCCUCCUCAAUGAGAAAGACCCAGGAGAGCAUCUUGGAAGAAAAUAAACAGGCCAAGACAGCCGCCAGCCUGAGCCUGCCUUCUGAUUCCAUGGGUGACUCUAGCCCCAAUUCUGGCAAGAAGACCCCAUCUCGCUCUGUCAAAGCCAGCCCCCGCCGGGCCAGCCGGGUCAGCGAGUUCCUCAAAGAGCAGAAGUUGAAUGUGACAGCGGCUGCUGCUCAGGUGGGACUCACUCCCAGCGAGAAGAAAAAGCACCUUGGUGCUGACUCCAGGCUCCACUUGAAACAGUCCAAGCGCGUAAGAGACGUGGUGUGGGACGAGCAGGGCAUGACCUGGGAGGUGUAUGGUGCUUCCUUGGACCCGGAGUCCUUGGGGAUCGCGAUCCAGAACCACUUACAAAGACAAAUCAGGGAACAUGAGAAAUUAAUCAAAGCACAGAGCAGCCAGGGCCGGAGAUCCAUUUCCUCAGAUACUUCUUCAAAUAAAAAGCUCAAAGGAAGGCAGCACAGCGUUUUCCAGUCCAUGCUGCAGAAUUUUCGACGUCCCAACUGCUGUGUUCGCCCUGCGCCUUCGUCUGUGUUAGAUUGA